AUGGACACCUUUGACACUCAAUAUUUUAAAGUUAACAGAUUAUUGCUGACAUUUUGUGGCUUGUGGCCGUUUCAACCGCCGCGCAGCGGAAGCAUUCUUCUGUAUUGGGCGAUAUUGGGUGCAUUGAUUAUAUUCUUGCCACAGAUUGCGUAUAUCUUCAAAUACGCGAGAUGUUUGGACGAUUUGUAUGACGUGCUGCCGUCCCUCAUCGGUUCAUGUAUAUGUCUCACGAAAGUACUCGGUCUCCACUGCAAAUUCAAGGAAUUCCAGCUGCUUAUUCAACAUGUGCAUAAUGAUUGGUGUCACUUAGCGGGGCACGAAGAUAUUCGGAUUUUGUUAGAAUACAUGGAACCUAGCCGGGUGUUUACACUGGCCUACUCAAUCUUUGUCAGCACAUUUGCUGCCAGUUACAUCACGGCGCCGAUUACCGUGCCGAUAUUCGACAUCAUACUAGCAUCGAACGUGACGAGGCCGAAGAGACUUCCUCAUCCGAGCGAGUUCUUCGUGGAUCAAGAGAAGUAUUACUAUUACCUCCUGAUGAUAACGUACUUGGGGUAUGCUUCGUGCGUGAUGAUUGCGAUCGCGACCGACACUGUCUACUUCGCGUUGCUGCAACACACCUGCGGUAUGCUCGCGAUAUUAAGCCAUCGUUUGGAGAAUCUGGUCAUAUGCAACAGAUCGAAAUGCACCAUUAAUCAUAAUCUCGUAUAUACUUCGGAUAAGGACGUUGGCCAUUUGACUCAAUGCAUACAACUGCAAAUCAGGAUAGAAAGGCUAGUACAGUUAGUCGAGUCGACGUUCUCGAUAUGUCUCUGCGCCGAGAUCGGCUUGGGCAUGCUGUUUCAGUGUUCGUCGUGUGUUAUGAUCGUAACCCACACGGAAAUGAUGGAAAUAAUGAGAAACGGCCCGCUUCUGAUAAUCCAAAUCUCUCGGAUUUUCUUCAACAGUUGGAUAGGACAGAGGAUAAUAGAUCACAGCUCUCGGAUUCCCGAAGCGGCAUACAAUGGGCUGUGGUAUCGCUCGUCGAUGGCGAUGAGGAGAAUGUUGCUGUUGCUAAUACUUAGAUGUCAAAAGCCAUAUCGAAUAACUACUGCUAAAUUAUAUGUAAUCAGUUUGGAAGGUUACAGUACGGUACGGUGAUACUUAGUAUGAGUGUAUAGAGGAU